AUGUCCUCAGUAGCCUCAGAAAAAACCUCAGUAUCACUCAGUAUCAGCUCAGUUCCCUCAGAAGCACCUCAGUGCCCCUCAGUACUUCAACAGUAUCAACAGUCCAAACCUCAGUGCUCCUCAGUAGCACAACAGAAUGCACAGUCAAAACCUCAGUGCAUCUCAGGACUACCACAGAAUCUCAGUAGUAGCCUCAGUACCACUCAGGGUUUUCUCAGUACAACUCAAAAACCUGUACCCAUGUUGACAGACAUGCAAACUAACUCAACCCACUGUCAACCAACACAACAAGGACCUGUUUAUGCAAAUUGUCAAAUAUGUUCAAAGCUAAAGCACCUGGAGAAUCAUGAAAAAAGAAAGCAGCGCGUGCUUGAGCGAGCAAAAAUACGUAAGAUGGAAUCGAAAAAGUUUAGCGAAUAUCAGAAGCGUCUAAAGGCUUUAAAGAAACAGAAUAAAAGCAAGCUCAGGAGGUGUACUGUGUGUAAGAAAUUGGUCAUUCAAGCAGGAAAUAAAAGGGUAAACAACGUAACACAGGGAAAGAUUUAUGAGCCUAAUGAGUGUUUGUCAAUGCAAGCAAAGAAAGUUUUAGAUCACAAAGAAAAUGUUAAGCUCCAAAGCAAGGAAAAUGGGAAGAAAAAGAGUCUUGAUAUUCAUAGUCAGUUACAUUACAAACCAGAACUUCAUUGUGAUGGUUGUCACCUGGACUUUGAUAAACAUUACCGAUUUGUUCUCCACAAGAAAAAAGAUCCCAUAAUGCAUAAAAGAAAAUCCUGUUCAAAGAAAAAAACUCUGCACGCUAUGAAUCCUGGGAAUCAAUCUGAAUCUUUCAAGUGCGCUGUCUGCGGGAAGAAAUUUAGAUACAAAAAAUGGUUAGACCAUCACCAAAUGACGUUUCAGGACUUAAAGCACAAGAGAUUUUGCUUUGUGUGUGGAAUUAUGUUCAAACUACCAACAAAAAUGAGAAAACACAUGAAAAGUCACACAAAGGCACCGGAAAAAUCGAGAAGGUCUAAGUUCCUUUGCCACAUCUGUGGUAGGCUUUUCAAACAAAUUUCAAGUAUGUGGGGCCAUAUAAGAGCCCACACUGUGAAAGAAAUUAAAAACUCUGGGACACUAACGCACCCUCCUGACAGGAGUUCUGUGCACGAGUGUGGUCUGUGUGUCAGGGUGUUCUCUAAGAAAAGUUACUUGCUGAUACACAGGAAGGUACACGAGAGGCCGGACACUCAAAAAUGUCAAGUCUGCAACGGAGUGUUUGGUAGUCUGGGUGCCCUGAACCGCCACAAGCGUAAUGUACAUCAGAUGUACAUCAACAUAUAA